AAAUAGAGGAAAAGUGUGAUUUUAGUUGUGAAAAUUAUGCUUAAAAGUGAACAUUUACGAGCUGAAUUCUGGACCAAAUAUACGGUAAUAGUGGAAAUUUUGCCUUUUUCGUGAAGAUGCGGUAAAAAUCCGACUAGAAGUACCUCAAAAAUGUGAUUGUUUUCCACUAUUUUGACACGGAUUGCGGAGAGCAGCAGUCAAAUCAACAGACAAAACACCACUACACGGACAAUAGUGUGCUUUUGCUGCCAACUGCGAUGACGACGAGUUCCUGUACAAUACGCGCUUCGUUUACUGUGUAUUUUUGAAGCACCGUUUGCUAGUGUGCAAUCACUAGCAUGAUCCACACAGAAUUUUACUCCGAAUAUAGCUGUAAACGCGCGACAUAUUAGUGUAUAUCGUUGCUUGCUUGCACGCUCGGGGGUAAUGAGAUGUGUUUAUAUAAGUACAAAAACAUAAAAAUAAAUUCAUUGAAAAUGAAAAUAAUUCUAAAGUGAGGAGACAUUUCCAACAUGAAUUAUAAUCGAGAAAUUCCUUCGAUACCCUCGGUAAAAGUGAGUCGACGCUCGUGCGAGGAAAAUAAAACAAGCAAUUAAUUUUCGUGACCAGGGAGGAAAAACUAGACAGCCGGAGUUGAUCGAGGGGAAAAUAAGUAUCGGGCUAGCGAGAAGAAAUUAGUGUAAAUAUCAGCGAGCAGAUUAAAAAUAAAAUGCUCAGAUUAAUUGCCGUCGUCGGCAUUUGGAUGCUGAUUCUGACGACGACGACGAUCACGGUACGACCGAUCGAUGGCCAGUUGACGGACUUGGCACGGGAUGCCGGGAGCGACGCCAGCGGUGACUGUCCUCGGCUCUGCUCUUGCCUCGGAAAUGUCAUCGACUGUUCGGAGAAAAGCUUGAAAGCACUGUUCCACAUUCCGCUAUGGGUGGAAAAUCUUGAGUUAUCGUCGAAUCGGCUCGGUCACGAUGCGGUGCAGUCCCAGGUGGCCAACCUUAACAAGCUACAAGUUCUCAAUUUGAAUCACAACAACCUUGGCCGGAUACCGACUUUUCGCGGACUAAACAAUUUGGUUCGGCUUCUGCUGGCCAACAACGGGAUCGAAGCGGUGGAAGUAGAAGCCCUGCAAGCGGUGGUCACCUUACGGUAUCUGGAUCUCUCGCGGAACAGUAUCAAAGACGUGCAGUACGGGUCGUUUCCGGUCAAAAACAGUCUUCAGUAUUUGAACUUAAAUUUCAACAAGUUAACUUCGCUGACCAAAGGCACUUUUCAGAAGUUGCCGUUGUUGAAGAGAUUGGAAAUCAACAGCAACGUCAUAGCGGAGGUUCAAAGUCUAACCUUUCAAAAUCUGAACCAGUUGAAGAGCUUAAAGAUGAAUAACAACCGAAUAACUAGUCUGAUGGAUGGCGUCUUUCACGGAUUGACCACGAUCUCGACGUUGGAACUGAACAACAACAGCAUUGCCAGCAUCCGGAAGGGCGGUUUGUUCAAUCUGACAAGUCUGACGAAUUUGGCACUAUCGAGGAAUGCCAUUUUCGAAAUCGAACAAGAUGGCUGGGAAUUUGCACCGCGGCUGCUGUCUUUGGAUCUAUCGUUCAAUCGAUUGGAAUCGGUGGAUAAGUAUACAUUCGAGGAACUGUCGCAACUUAAGACGCUCAACUUGGAGGCAAAUCAGAUUUCCAGCAUUGGUGAAGGGACAUUCAAUAAUUCGAAAAAUUUGGAAGUAUUGUAUCUUGGAGCGAACAAAAUUUCCUGGACCAUUGAAGACAUGAAAGGGCCAUUCUUUGGGCUGUCGAAGCUGGAGAAACUGUUUCUCAACUCUAACGAAAUUAAGUCGGUUAGCAGGAAUGCGUUUAUCGGGCUGAAGUCACUGACUCUGUUGGAGCUCAGUCAGAAUAACAUCUCGUCAAUUCAGAACAAUGCCUUCAAGGAUACGGUUCGGUUGAAUAAUUUAAUAAUGAACUCCACAAAUUUGUUGUGUGACUGCAAUCUUGUAUGGUUUUACCACUGGAUAAAGGAACGAAAAGAUGUUUUCCAGUUGGAUGCGGAGUGCAGUUAUCCGAUUUGGUUACGUGGUCAUUUGAUUCGGGAUCUGACUGCAUCUAAUUUUUCAUGUUAUGACUCCCCGAAACCGCACCUGGUCGAGGAACCGAAAUCCCAGCUUGGCAUUCGCGGAACUAACCUUAGUUUAGUGUGUACGGCUACUUCAACCGCUUCGGACAGCAUGACGUUCAAGUGGAAACAUGACAAUCAGGAAUUGCCGGAUACUUUCUUCAAGGUUACUCAGCUAAAUAACCUAAACGGAACCGUCGGAACGACAGAACUCAUCGUACCGUUCAUUCAGACCAACGGCGCUGGAAAGUAUCAGUGCAUCAUCACCAAUAACUAUGGUGUGGUGUACUCGCAGAAAAUCAAGGUCACGGUGGGAACACUUCCCAGUUUCAAGAAGACACCCAGUGAUAUUAGCGUUCAGUCGGGGAAGACGGCACGGCUGGAUUGUGCAGCAAUGGGAGACCCGAAACCUCAGAUCGCGUGGGAAAAAGAUGGUGGAAAUGAUUUCCCCGCGGCAAAGGAGCGACGGAUGCAUGUAAAACCGGACGAGGAUGCGUUUUUCAUUAUCAAUGCACAGCUGGUUGAUAUGGGAGUGUACACUUGUACGGCAGAAAACCCUGCGGGAGUACUCAGAGCCAGUGCUGUUGUUGUUGUGUUUGAUUCGCCAUCAUUAUUGAAGCCACUGGAAUCAAAGAGUACGGAAAUUGGAAAAUCUAGCGUGCUAGAGUGUUUGGCUGCUGGGUAUCCGAAACCGACGAUUCAGUGGUUUAAGGAUGGAGAACCGAUUAUGGUUACUGAAAGGCAUUUCUUCACGGCGGACGGUCAGUUGCUGAUAAUCGUUGAGACAGAUUACAGUGAUGUUGGAGAGUAUGAGUGCAAAAUGGAGAAUGAAUUUGGUACUGAGAAAGGAUCGAUGAAGUUAUCGGUUAUUGAAGGUCCAGAGGUAAAUCCUGAGAUUUUUGCAAACCUUCCCAGUGAUACCGUUGUAAUCGGGCACGUUCUGGACAAGAAGGAUAUUGUGGUGAUCAUUGUGAUUACCGUUAUAUGCUGUGCAAUUCUGACCUCUUUGAUUUGGUUGGUUAUAAUGCAUAGAGUGCGCAAACAAAAUGCAAAUCAACUAUCGAACCACAACGGAACAAAUAUUGACGAUAUUGACAUGAACUCAAACAUGGAAGUUAACCAACAAAAUCUGAUUGUUCGCAGUGGAGUCGGUAUUUCUACAACCCCGAAUGAAUAUUUUGAGUUCCUUAUUCCGAUGGUCCAGAACGAGGCUCACACCAAUGUGGAUGAAGAUGAUCAAAGACAACUGACCAACUGUUGCUAUUAUUCGGUUGUGCCGAAAGCACCUCCCAAGGUACGUCGGAACGAGGGAGAAUCCGACUACAUGGACGACGAUGUCUCUUCCAAAGAUUCCGGAACCGGAGGUGAUUGUGGCUCGGCCACGGGCUCUACCAAUGCUCACCGCGGGAGCCACGAUGAUCUCAAAUGUCACUUUCAGUCAUUAACCCGCAAAACAGCGGAACUAGGACUUUCCUAUCCCUACGACGAACAUGAUCCGGACUCGGAUCCUCGGAUAGAGCCUCCACCGCCGAUACCUCCGGUGAACGCGACAACCGCGAUCCUCGUCAAUACCGAUCCAAGUAAGAUCGUGUUCAGUGACGACCUGCCACCGGCGAUCAUCUCCCGAAUGGCAACGUCCCAAACCUACCCGAUGUUCGUGCAUCAGUGCUCGAACCCGUCCUCGUCGUUGGUAGCAUCCUCAAUGGAAGCGACAGCGAUUACGCAGCAGCAGCCACAACCCCAGCAGCCCGCUAGUCAGGUUCAGAUCAACAGGCUCCAUCAGUUGUUGAUUGAAAAUCCACGGUUGCUGGAAAAACCGGCCAAAUACCGGAGUCGGUCGAUGGAGGAGGAAACGCUUCAGCAGUUCAGGGAUGGUACCGUGCCGGUUGGCAGCGGCACUAGUUCCGAUGCAGGUGCAGGGCUGGUCCAGGAGCCAAGUGUGAGUAGUAGGGGUAAUGUUGUUAGUCAGGUUGAGACGGAUUUGAGGGAAGCUGUGAGGUAAGGUUAGGGAUGUUGAUUUUUCCGUUCGAUAUGGAUUUUUGCAGCGAUGGGGUUUCAGUUCGAGAUCAAAUUUGUUAGAGGUUGAUAUAGAAAGAGGUAAGCGAUUUUGGGGUAAAUGAUAUAAUAGUGGAUAUGCAUAACCAUGUUCACCUAAUAUGAUAAGCUUUGUCGGGCCGCCUGUUUUUUCGUAUAACGUAAUGAGACAAGUUUUUCAUGUUUCUUGACCCCAACAAUCUUAGUUUUGGAAUCCUUUAUGUACUUGGAAAAAGGGGAAGGAAAGAGGUAAUAUCAAGGAAAAGGCAGGGCAAGGGAAUUUCAGGAUUAAGGAAUAAAUUACUUUGGGAAUCUAAUACUUCUCGAAUGAUGUAUCUAACAAUGUGGAGCUUUUGAUAUUCUGCCAUCCAAAAUAGACAUGGUUGGAGAUCCAGGAUCAGUAAGAACAGAAAUUCAUGAGAACAUGCAGGCGAACAUGUGCACGUGUUUCGGUACGAAAUAGCGUGUUCGAGUUCGUACACAAAAUGUGGGUUUAAUGUCAACGAAACUGAAACGAAUCAUACAGUAUUCAGGACUUUCCCACAAAUUUCAAAGAUUUUGUUUUCAAAUUUCGAAUUUAAAGUAAAUCCUUGUAACUUUGCGAUCUUAAAAAAAUCGCAUGAAAUUCAUAGAAAUCCUACAAAGCUCAGAAAAUAUACUGAACCUCUAUAAGGGGGCACUGCAUGGAAUGUCUACCAAGGUGAGGUAUAUUUCAUAUGCAGGAUACUCAGGAACGUUUCUAAGGUUUCAAGAAACCCCCAUGCAGAUGAGACAAAUCUUUAGGAUCUCUGGAAACUCUGUGCGGCAUCAGGAAUCUUUAAAAGCAUGCAAGAAACUUCUGCAUCUUUCAGGAAAUUCCUUCGAAUUUCAAGGACAAACUUCAUGGAAUUAUAUGAAACACAGCGUAGGUUUUUGAAUUCCGGAUUAGUUCUACGAACUUCUGCAAAGUGCUUCGAAUGUCCAAAACCCUUCAAACUUCUAGGCAAUAUUACAGAUAUUAGAACAGUUUUUUUAAGCUGAAAUUUCUUCAAACUUCAUAAGAUUCCAGAAAGGGUUCCUAAACUUAAAUUCCUUAAAAUAAGCGUUAAGAAACUAUAUUUCCGACACACUUGGAGCCGUUCCGAGUUUCCAAAAAUUUGAUACAUAUUCUUCCAAAUUCUAACUUCCGGAAUGUUCUCAAAACUUCAAGAAAGGUUUAUGAAUUUGAUGAAGAUCUUAAUAAUUUCUGGGAAACCUUUCGGUUCAGGAAUAUUCUGAAGAUUUCAAGAAACUCUUGGAAUCUUCGGGGGAAGUAAUACAAACUUCAUGGAAUUCAAAUAAACUCAUCUUUAAGAUCUCCAUGAAAGCCCGUAGAACAUGAAGGAAGUCGUAUGAAUAUUGAGAAAGUCUUUUAAGACGAAAGUUCUGCAAACGUCAGAGACUUUCUUAGAGUUUCAAGAAAAGAUUACCAACUUCAAAGAAAUCUACUGUGAUACUACGUACUCAAAGCGGAUGUAUAGAAAAUAUGAUCUCGAGGCGAUGGUAUAGGAAAUAUUACGGAUUUUUGGAAAAAAUUGCAAGCUGAAGAUUCUAAAAACUUUAAAAGAUUGCAGAAAGGAUUCUGAACUUUAAACUUUAACCUUCCUUCAGAUAAGCUGUAUGAAAAUCAGUGGCAAAGUUCAGAAAACAACUCCGAACCUAGGGGGCGGGCAUAGCGUAGUUGGUCAAUCGAUUGCAUUUACGCAACUCACCUGGGUUCUAUUCCCAACCCGGCACAUAGUGUUAAAGCUUUUUCUAACUUGAAUAAGGAGGCGAAUAACCCUAAUGUUAAAACCUCUAUAAUCACUACAAAAUCCGAAUCCCUUGAAGCCCUUGCAAGUUUUUUUGUAUUACCGAGAAUUUUCACAAAUUUUAGGAAUAUUUUACAAUAAUUUUACCAGAGUAGAGCGGCAAACUUCUGUGAUAUUUUCUAAACUUCAAGAAAGUGCUUUGAAUUUGACGAACAACUUAAGAAUUUCUGGAAAUUUAAGAAGGUUCAGGAAUAUUCUGAAGAUAUCAAGAAGUUCUUGGAAACUUCAAAGGAAGUGAUACAAACUUUAAGGCAAUCACAAACUCAUGAUCUCCACGAGAGCAUUUGAAAUCUCACGGAAGUCAGAUGUAUAUUUGGAAAGUCUUACACGUAGUCCUGCAAAUGUCAGGGACUUUCUUAUAGCUUCAAGAAAGGACAACGAACUUGAAAGAAGCCAUAAGCCGGAAACAAUGAUUUCACGAGCUGAAAGCGGAUGAUCAUUCCCGCUAUUCCACUUAUUUAAUUUGUAUAAUCAUUACUACGACUUUUGUGAAUAAAAUUUAAGAUAUUAAGCCAGCGCUGACUAGGAAGCAGAAUCUCAAAAACAGACUUCCCAUGAACAUCGACAAGUUUGUGUCUGUGUACAAAAUUUCAUGCGCGCGUUCAACCUCAACCAUGCUUCGUCUCAAUGUACAUGUUCGCCUCGAAUGUCGAACCCAAAUGAACGAUGUUCAAACUCUAGUUCACACAUCCGUGUGCGUACACGAGAAUGGAUCACACAAGGCAAAAAGAGUCAACACCAGUGACGAUGAAAGUGAGAAGGGGGAAAACUGGUGUCACGAACCUGUGUGUACGAGAGGUGUACGCAUAUCGUGUACGUACAUGGAGUUCGGUUGUGCAGGCGAACAUGUGCACGUGUUGUGGUACAAAAUAGCGUGUUCGAGUUCGUACACAAAAUGUGUGUUUAAUAUGAGAACAGAACCAAAGCGAAUAUUGUGUACGAUGUUCAUUUGGGAAGACAAAAAAUAAGAUAAUAUUAGAAUUGGACCAAGAAUUUCAUAAGCUACAUUUGACUUUUACCAGAAUUAUCCAAUCCUGGUAAAAGUCAAAUGUAGAUUAUGAAAUAUUUUCGUGGAACAAAAAACUCGUUUUUCUCGAAAUCAAAAAAAUAAAUUGUUGAGUCCGUGUUGACUUAACAGGCUGUAGUCUAUUCAGCGAUAUUUUGUAGAGGACUUUAUAGUCGACAUUUGACGUAAUUUGAAUUAAUAAAUAGCAUUUAUUGGUUAAAUGUCGACUAUAAAGUCCUCUACAAAAUAUCGCUGAAUAGACUACAGUCUGUUAAGUCAAUACGGACUUAGCAAAAUUACUUUGCUUUCAAACAUACAAAGAGCAUAUGUAAAAAUCUACAUAGAAAAACGUAAAAUUUGUUCCCCAAUAAGAAAUCGGGUCCUUUUGUGUUUUUUUGCAAGAGGUGAAUAAUGGGUCAUUAAAUGAAGAAUAACAUUUCUCUUUUAAUACAUAAACCGAUAGAGCUCAUCUUUCUGAAUCUAAUAAUGCAUAUGUUCAAUAAUUUUAUAUUUUACAGUUCUAUCUAAAUUGAAGUAAGUUAUUCGAAAAACAUUUGAAAAAGUGAUCAAUGUUCCCCCUAUUAAGGUGCUCUUCAAAAAUCAUUAAUUUUUAAAAACUCAAUCGGCCCACCCCUGAGUCGAUUCUUAGUCCCACCAGGAGUACUUGCACCAAAUUUGAAGCAAAUCGGGCAAGUCUAGCUACCGGACCAACGUGCCUGAACCUACUAGCUAGCAUUUUUAACGCUAGAUGGCACUACUACUUCGCUAAAAGUAAAAAUUAGAAAGACAAUUUAAUUGUCUACAACUUUGUCGAACAUUGUAAAUCAAUCCGGUUUUUUUGAGAGAAGUUAUUAAACAUUUAGCGAAAGGAUGUCUGAGCCAGUUUUGCAUAGGUGCCUAGCAGUGUAUGGUUGUGUAUAUACAAGCUUGUUAUUUGCCCACACAAUGUGCUCAAAGAGCAAAAACACGUCGAUGUGCGGGUUAUCUGCACAAAGAGAAACUUGAAAACGAAAAUGAGAAAGAUCUGUGCUCCAAGAGAUACACAAUUUAGCACAAAGAGUCAUCUUGAAGAACCACUUUACUGGUAACCCGGGAGGAAGGCGAAUCAAACUAUAAUUCAGUUAAAGUUUGAUCGGAAGAAUGCUGUUAACAGUUUUUUUCCGAAUCGCAGAUAAUCUGCCAAGUAUUCUAAAGAUUCCGAAAUAACUAAAAUCAAAAUAUUCAGCUGUGACAGUUAUUUUGAAAGUAUCACCAGAUAAGCCAGAAUUGCGAUAACCUGCCAACCGUAGUCAAUUACAACACUAGCGACAAAUAUUUCAUGAAGGAUUACCGCGUCUACAUACCACCGAUUCGAAUUUGUUGUGCGUGGGUCUACUGAACCACGGACCUAGCUGUUUCAAAGAUCCCUUUAUUUCAGUGAUCGAAUACUUUGAAUGGCAAUUGCAAACGACGAGACAAAAUUGUAUGUCCAUUCGAACUAGUAUCGGCUAUUUGUACCGUGCGUCAUGUAUUGCACUAAAUACAAACAAAUGGGCCAUUACAGCAAUAAAGCCCGCUGUGGCAAAUACGCAGAAUAAGCGACAUCCGUAGUAUCUGAAGCGUUUCUUUAAAAGACGCUCAAAGCACGACAGUUUAUUGUGCUCUCUUGGCUCAGGAGGAGUGCGAUUCUGUCGAUGGAAUUUCAGGUAAAGACUAAAAAUAAAUUUUCUUGUCUUCUCGAUUGUAAUCGAUCUAGCGUACUCCACGAUCUUUGCUACAGCUUUAAGAAGGUCGCCAGCUUUACUGCCUUUGGACGUGAUCUAUCCCUAAACUUAGAAUGCAUUUCAACUUUACUUUGCUGUCAGUUCUCAGUGCUAAUUCUGAGUAAGAUGUUGGUAGAAUCGAUUUUUUUACGUCUUGUUACAAGUGUAUUCUAGAGUUAUUGCUUGUUGCACAAAAAACUGGGUUCUAACCGCACUGCGCACUAACUAUUCUUUCAUUAAAUUCUUCUCGUAGACAUAUUAGUUCGACUGGUCUAUCUAUGAAAGUACUAUCUGUAUCACUUGAAAUACAUGCGUUUUACAAGCGCAAGUUUUCGGUAGCAGAUUGAUCACUCGCACUUUGAAAGUGCGGAGUCCAGGUUGGUGGGAAGUGCGCCCAACAUAGAACACUAAUCAAUAACUUUUCGACAGGCUUAUUGUAGUUCUCACGUGAAUUGCGAAUUUCUGAAAUUUAUAAAAAAUGAGACUACUUAGAAUGCUAUGUCUGAACUACAUUGAUUCUGCUUAAAACAAAAAAAAAGUUUUUUCGAAUCUUUGGUUACUUGGGUAGUUAACAUUUGGAUUUAUGCUACAAAUUAGUCGAGUAAUUUAAGUAUCCUAACCUCACAUUCUAUCACCCUACUAAAUAUGAUCUGUACUGAAAUCCGUAUCGGCAUUAUUCAAACUUAGUCCUAGAUAAAGUUCACUUAGCCAGGUAGAUUCCCCUCAAUUCCAGUCCCGUUACAAACGGUGGUAAGAUAACUUCAGCGGAUUAACCGAAUAACCAAAAAUUAAUACAAACACACACACAUAGUAUCUCUAAACAAACAUUAUUUAUGGUCCCUGUAGUUGUAUUAGGAGUUUUAAAAACCUGUUCGAUGAGUGGUGAUUCGAACAAAUUAACCUGAAGUGUGGCAACUAUAAACAACUAAAAGCAGUUCCUUCUGUUUACUUCUUAUUGUAAUAUCUACUGACCAAGUAGUAAUACUGCCAUACUAGGCAGAAUUGUAUUGUAGUCGAGUGCGUUUCUUUCUCCGGGGGUGUUUUGGAUUAGCUAGUUUUCCCCGGUUUUUCUAAUGUCUAUAAAAGUAAAGAGUUCCACGAAUAUAACUUGUUAAGUAAACAUUUGUAACAGACAGUCGACAUGUUGUAACGCAGAAUAGUAUUGUUUUUCCACGUAAUACGAGAUAGAAAAUGACAUUUUACUACUAAAGAUAUUUUAACUUAGAUGAACACUAAUGAGAAAAUUAGGGAUAUUAUUUUAUUCAAGCAAAAAGAUGACCAUUAAUCGAUAAUCGAUUGUCAAGUGUAUUAAAUUGUGUCUUAAUAUUAAUUUUAUGCGAUAAAUAAUGAGAUGGGUUUAGCUGACCGUUUAAAUGAAUUCAACAAUUGAGAGCCUUACAGAACGGGACUGAAACUAAUUUCGCGUGUGCCUAAUGCCUAAAUGUUAAGUUUCAACUUUGCAUACCGACGAGGAUACCGAACGUUUAAGUUCGCUGAUGCAAGCAUUAUGUCCAUUGACAUCCUCCCGUAGUGAACUAAUGCAUCUUCCAAAUAGAUUAUAAGAUGAAAAAAAACACCCGCCACUAAAAUUUCUGCUCUUCACUAAAAUAGAUUUGUAAGAAGCGAAUUGACACUGUGAUUUUGUUUUCUUGUUUUUAAUAGUAGAUGUAAGAUUGUUUAAUUUCGGCUUUCCUUAUUAUUUAACAAAGUUUUAUUGUUAUUUUUGUUCGAUCGGACAGAAUAAUUGCAAAAAACAGGCCAAUCCACUGACCAUUGUGGAGAGAAUAAAAAAACAAACAUGGCGACCAUUCGAAUGACUAAGGAGACACAAGCUUUGUAAACAUCAAAAUUGCCCAUGAGAUCAAAGCUGAAACUGGCAAUAGUGCUCAAUAGUAGCAUGUCUCCUCGCCUGCGAAGCAAAGGAAAUGUUUUACGGCAGCUUCUGUGCAAUUAUUUGUAACAAACUAAACUUGAUAAACUCGCAUUACUCUGAGAGGCUUGGCUAAAACCAAAGAGAUUUCCCAGAUUUUUUGUUUAACCACUUCAACCAGGUGGGCCGCAGUGAGGACGAGAAUGAAUAAGCACGAGGCUUUCGCUUUAACACAUUUCCUGUAACAAAGUGUCAUCGUUUUAGUUGCGUGAUAUAGAAUCGUUUAGCUUAAGACAAUUCCAACGGUUCCUUAUACGAGUAGAAAGUAAAUAGUUUGAAGAAAUGUUUAAAAAAAACUAGAAAAAGAAACAAGUGCCGUAAUAUGUUAUAGGAAUUGCAUGACUGAAACAGAAAGUUGUACGCGUUGCCUCUAUUUUCCGUAAUUUUUAGCCGUUAAAAACAGUAAACCCCCUUCACCAAACCUCAGCAUCACAUAGAAAACCAAUCAGUAUUGAAAGUCUACUUAAAAAAGCAUUAUAACAGCAACCACAUAAAAAUAUAACAGAGAAUCAGAUCCCUAACGUAGGUAUGACAAUGUACAAACAAAACAGUUUUAUGUUUUCCAAAGUUCUGUUUUAGUUCAUUUUAUUAUGUUUUUAUCCCAAAAGUAAUUUAUUUUAGCGAGUAAUACAUACAUAACAGUAUAAAUACAUACACAGGAGAUGAUGAGCGAAUACACAGAUUUUUACCCGAUUUCAGCUACUGAUACAACUGUUAGUACAGUUUAUUCUUAUUAAGAAAUCCACAUAUUUAUUAUACAUUUUACAGCUAUAGAUACUUUGUAAUACAUAGAUUAUCAUUAAUAGGUGAAGAAAUUCAUAAAAAUGUAAAUAUUUUACCAAGUAUUUGUACAAAUGAUUUAUUGUGAAAAGAUUGAUUGAGACUGUCAGUU